AUGGCCAUCACCCGCCUCCGCAAAGCCUUCCGCUAUCCCUCCGAGUCCGACUCUGACAACGAGCCCGACGAGCUCGACGAAGAACACCAAGAGCGACUGAUAUCCGACCUCCAGGCGCAAGAUGCACAGAAGAACGAGUUAUACCGCACAGCCUUCGUUGCCAUAUCAACGCUUGCUUGGGUCUUCUUCAUGUAUACCUUCGUGGUAGCAUCGACGGCACGGCAGCGCUUGAUAGCGCUGUUAAGUCUGUCAAGCUUGGGCUGUACGGCGUAUGUUCUCUACUUUAUGCCUAUCGAAAAGCCGGAUCGCAAAGGCAAGAAACCUGUGUACCAGGUCGAAGCUGAGAAGAGUCCGGUGGAGAAGUAUCUGGUCUAUUUGAAUGCGGCUCUAGCAGGGCUAUUGCUGUUGGCUGCAACUCUAAGCUGGCGGAAGGGCCUUGGAGAUGAUGCGUGGCGGGAGGCGUUGCCAGCUGUGAUCCUUGGCCUUACCCUCUUCGUCCGACAACAACUCGCUCCUCUUGACUUGGAAGAUCUCCAGAAAGCGAGAUAUGAGUACAAAGGUGCUUGA